CUACAGUUUGGACGAGGUGAAAUAGUCGUAAUAAAAUCUGCUUUUAUUCAAGACUGACCUUUUGGGCUGGUGUGGAAAUUGUGCUAAUGCUACGGUAACGUCAACUAUGAACAAAGUCGGUCAGAAUAUCAGCGGCAAACUCUGUUAUUUCUAAAUCAAACAGAGCACGGCGGCGUUUUGUUUGCGGUAACGUUAGCAGCGAAGUUAGCAGAUGGCUAGCUAGCCCGGUAGCGCAGGGGAGGUAACGUUACCUUGUCAACUAGCGUCAACCGAAACUGCUGUGCCUAUUGUCUGUCCUAACAGCUCGGAAAAUACAAGCCUCACUGUAUCUUUCUACAACUUGAGUCCUAGCAGGAUAAUUAACAGCAAUGUCGCUGUCAACUGAGGCUCGUUUUGGGGUGAGCAAUGGCAUUAGAUGUAAAGGAGACACGAUUUGUGUGGUGCCCGACCUCUCCUCUAAUCUCCUGGAAGAUGACUUUGACCUGAAUAAGUCCUACCCCUACACUCAGAGACCUUUAUGGAAAAAGAGGCUUUUGGAUGUGCAACGUCGUUAUUGUCCUGGUUCCUUGACGGGUGAAUGUUUGGAUGUUUGCAGUUCUGUCGCAGCAAGAAACCACCAAAUCUCUAGCUUACAUCCUGGCUCCCUGGUUUCUGCUGUCUGUCUGCCACACCCAUCCACAAUGUCUGAGACAGAGGAAAGCCUGUUCUGUCAGCUAAUCUCUGGAAACUUUGGCCUGUCAGGAUCUCCCUCCGUCAUCAACCCAAACAAAGUCAUUCUUACUGUCGACCAUAAAACCAGAGAGAUUUUGUCAGCGAAUGAACAGGCCUACAAACUGUUUGAGUGCACCGCUAAUGAGCUGAUUGGAAAAAGGCUGUCCUGUUUUUUGAAGAAAACCAGUCAGGUCCUGGAACAAGCACUGGAAGAAGAUUUUCCACUCGUGGAUGGAACUGUUGCGUCUGUGUCUGGAAAAGUGGUGGAUGUUGUGACACUUUCUGGAGAGGUGCCAGUGUCAGUAUGUACCCACAAACUGUCACAAAAUGAAGAGCAAUGGCUUGUCAUGAUGGAAAAUGUGGAACGGUUAUCAUCCUUUUUCUCCUUUUCACAAGAUGGCAAUAUCCUAACCUGUGACUUGGCAUUUGCCCAUCUCCAUGGAUACCACCAUCCUGACGACUUAAAAGGGGUGUCUGUUAGGGAGCUAAUCCCCUCUUUACAAAUCCCCCUCUGCAGUCAUGCUUUACCCAAAAUGCUGAGGGUUCAGAGAGAGUACGGUAAAAGCAAAGGGGGUGCAUCUGUCCCGCUGUGCAUCAAACUUCAGGGAGUAGUGCUGUGUGGAAAACCCCAGCACCAAAACAAUGGGACUGGUUGCACCUGCCCAACAGAUAGUCUUGAAAGAUCAGAUCCACAGACCAAGCAGCCUUGCUCCCCUUUCACCUCGCCUGUGUGCAAGGUACACUCUGAAAACUACAAGCAGCCUCAUGGAAAAGAGCAGUCCUCUGACAUCAAAUUGGACAGCAGUUUCACCUCCCCAAGCCCUGCACUGGAGUACUCUGGAACAGUUUGGGUGUUUGCUCCUCUGAGUGGCCUCCUGCUGCUCCGCCCUGACGGCUCCAUCUCCAGCAUCCACAACCACCUGGCCCUCGGUCUGUUUGGCUACAGCAAGGACGAGCUGUUAGGAAAGAGUGUCACUUUCCUGAUGCCUGGUUUCUACGGAUGGAUGUCUGACUCAGACAGAAAGGCCUGUCCAUUCCCUGAUUCUCAAGCAGAGGCUGGUAAAAGUACAGCCUCAUCCAAAAUAUCAGGAAAAUCUGAUCCGUCCUCACUUGUGGCUGGAGAUAUGGCCAUGGUGCGUCAGGCCGUCAUGGAAAGAACCUCGACAGGUAGAGGAAGGAUCUUCACUGGAAGCAGCACCAGGCUGGAGAAACAGGGCAGUGCUUUGUCAACUCUUUCCCCCCCUGCAGUCACCUCUACACGAGUGGUUAUGGCCGAUGACACGACAGAGCUGAUGGAAGAGGCAGCACAGGUUGCUCCCUUCAGUAGCCAGCUAGACAGCGGAGAUACCACUCAGGCACUCCUCAAGACAUUUGCCUGGGUGGAACCUCCAGAAGAAGACACCUGCUGCCAGGUUCUCGCCGAACCACAGCACCAUAACCCAGACCAGCAGCUCUGCAAUGGGGCUCAGGAAAAUAACCAACCAGCCAUUGAGAUUAUCACAGAAAUGUCCCCUCAGAGAGGACAUGCUGUUGGAAGGGUGGGUGGCACCUCCCAUGGGGGACCUAAAGACCACCGAUCAUGUGCUUCUGUCCUCCAAGACUCCAGCUUUGAGAUCAUUUCACUGGAGAGCAGGUCUUCCUCUGGCUUCUGUGAAAAGUUUGCGGGUAAUGGUGGCUCUGACCCCGGCCAAGCCGAGGAGUCUCGUUCAGCACACAUAGUGGACUCAGCCAGCUGCUUCCUGGACCUCAACAGCAAUGGUGAUCUGGUCACCCGGGCCCUGGCUGACCUAGAUCUGAGCGGUAGUAUAGAGCUGCUCAGCGGUGGAGGGUACAACGAUGACAACCAGCGCUCCAUGACAUCCUGCAAUACAGCCGAGCUCCUGCAGGCUCCCUCCCCAUGCGGGGUAGGGUCUGACCAGGAAGCAGAGCCUGUUGAGGCUGGGGACGCUGCCGUGGAGGCCAGAAAUGGCUCAAGGGAAGGACUAGGCGAGCGGGAUCAGUGGGCAGCUCUCUCUUCAAUUCACAAAGGAAAGAGCGAGGAGUUUUGCAUACAAAUGAAUGGUGGGGUUCAGUCAAUUACAGACAUCCCUGCCACAUCUACACCUAAGAAACAAAAGGUAAACGGACACACCCUGUCCUCAGACGCUACAGAGAUACAGGAGGGGCGAUUUGAAGGAAGUGCAUACCACAGAGAUGGCACCAGAGCAGAUGUGCAGUGUGAUGUGUGCAGGACUAACCUCCCUGAUGGAAGCUCUGUGUUCUGUGUGUGGAUUAGUAGGCCUGAGCAGCAGGGGACAGUUUUGCAAACAGAUCGAUCGCUGCACAGCCAGUCAGGAGCCAGUCUAGGAGAGAGGAUUGGUGAGGCCAGUCACGGGGAGGCGCUACGCUCCACCAUGGACUUAGAGCAGUCUCGAGCCUGUGACGGGCAGUUUGAGGAAGAGUACCAGCCGAUCAAAGCUGUGGGUAAAGGAGCCUUUGGUUUCGUCUGGAAGGCAGUAAGGCGCUGUGAUGGACAAGAAGUGAUAGUGAAGUUCAUAAGUAAGGCCAGGAUAGUGAGUGACUGCUGGGUAGAUGACCCCAUGCUGGGACGAGUCAGCCAAGAGAUUGCCAUACUGACACGAGUACAGCACCACAACAUUGUUAAGGUUCUGGAGGUGUUUGAAAAUGGGAGUUACUUCCAAAUGGUGAUGGAGAAGCACGGAGACGGUUUAGACCUUUUUGAAUUCAUUGACAUGCAGCCGAGGCUGGAUGAGCCCCUGGCCAGCUACAUCUUUCGACAGCUGGUGGCAGCUGUGUUCUACCUGAGGACUAAGAACAUCCUCCACAGAGACAUAAAAGAUGAGAACAUCAUCAUCGACAAGUGUUUCCACAUUCGACUGAUAGAUUUCGGCUCUGCUGCCAUGAUGGCUCCCGGGAAGCUCUUUUACAAUUUCUGCGGCACACUGGAGUACUGCUCCCCGGAGGUGCUGCAGGGAAAUCCCUAUGAGGGUCCAGAGCUGGAGAUGUGGUCUCUGGGGGUUUUGCUAUACACUCUGCUAUUCAGUGAGAACCCCUUCUGUGAUGUGGGUGAGAUCCUGGAUGCCAAACUCAAGCCGCCGUUCCCCCUCUCUCCAGAGCUCAGUGGUGUGCUAUGUGGGCUGCUGCACCCUGAUCCUGCUCAGAGGAUGACUCUGGACCAGCUGCUGCUACAGUCCUGGAUCAGCCAGCCCAUUUCCCUGGCGGAGUACAGCUGGACUGAGGUGGUUCCUGCAGUUCAGAGCUAUUCAGGCUCACCACAGCACCAGGAGUCCAGUUCUGAAGUUUACAAUAGACGAGACUUGUUCCCAGACCACGGUGAUGAGACUCUACCAGAUGAUGAGGAGGAGGAAGAUGAGGAUGAGAGGUUGUCAAUGGUGGCCCUGGAGACUGAGCUCCAGAAGUACCUGCAUGACGACUAAAGACUGAAUUUAAAGGGAGUGAAGUUCAACCAUCCGUCCAUCAUUUGAUCUGCAGCUGUGCAAAGAGGACAUGAAGUGCAAAAUAAGAAAAGGGAAUCUUGUUUUAGUCCAAGGCCAUGAUCAAACUCUACUCUGUCUAGAAUCAAGACGAAUUGCACCUUUUUGUUUUUAUGAAGUAUACACAGUUUGCUAUCAGGUGUAAUGAGCAUCAUAGCCAAGCUGUUGGGUUGUCAAAAAGUACUUGUGGAA